CGCAGGCUUACGCGCGCACGCCCGGACUCCCGACCAAUCAGCGGGCACGCUGGCGCGGAGGGCGGGGCGGUGUCCUACACAUGCGCAGGCUGGGCCGGGCCUUUCCUCUUCUCGCCGAGCGCCGCCAAGAUGGUGUUCAGGCGCUUUGUGGAGGUCGGCCGAGUUGCCUAUGUCUCCUUUGGGCCUCAUGCCGGGAAGCUGGUGGCGAUCGUCGAUGUUAUCGAUCAGAACCGGGCUUUGGUUGAUGGGCCCUGCACUCGGGUAAGGAGACAGGCUAUGCCCUUCAAAUGCAUGCAGCUCACGGACUUCGUCCUCAAGUUCCCACACAGUGCGCGUCAAAAGUAUGUCCGGAAAGCUUGGGAAAAAGCAGACAUCAAUACAAAAUGGGCGGCUACAAGGUGGGCCAAAAAGAUUGAAGCCAGAGAAAGGAAAGCCAAAAUGACAGAUUUUGAUCGUUACAAAGUCAUGAAGGCAAAGAAAAUGAGGAACAGAAUAAUCAAACUUGAAGUUAAGAAGCUUCAAAAGGCGGCUCUCCUGAAAGCUUCUCCCAAAAAAGCCGCUGCUGCAAAGGGUGCAGCCGCAGCCACUGCUGCUGCAAAGGUUCCAGCUAAAAAGGCUGCUGCAGGCAAGAAGGCCCCUGCCCAGAAGGCUCCUGCACAGAAAGCUGCAGGCCAGAAGGCAGCAGCACCUCCAAAAGCUCAAAAGGGUCCGAAAGCUCCUGCUCAGAAAGCAGCUGCUCCAAAAGCAUCUGGCAAGAAAGCCUAAGAGUACAUGGCUCUGUUAUAGGGUAAUAAUAAAGAUUCUUGUUGACAUUUGC